ACAGAAGUUUAGGAAGGGUCAUGAAGAACACCGAAAGUGGAACUGCAGAGAAAGGGUUAUGCAGGCAGAAAGCAAGUCAACAAAAGCACUUAGUUAGGAUACGUAACUUGAAAUUGACUCCUUUGGAAAUUGCCAUAGAACCGUUAAUGGACAUCAUCAGCUGGAACUGGGAUCUGAUGAAUCCCACAAAAGUCAGCACCUGCUACAGAACAGAUGCCCUGAUCACCAAGGACUUGGUACUGAUUUAGAGAGAAGAGAGCAGCUCCUAGCAGCAUCAACAUCUAUUUGUCGCUUAUUUGCCCUGCAGCAAUUCACCUGCCUUUCCUUCUCCCAUCCUUUUUCUGGAUAUGCCGCAGAAGGAUCCGUGCCAGAAACAAGCCUGUGAAAUACAGAAAUGUUUACAAGCCAACAACUACAUGGAAUCUAAGUGUCAGGCUGUCAUCCAAGAACUGCGUAAGUGUUGUGCUCGAUAUCCCAAGGGAAGAUCUCUCGUCUGUUCAGGAUUUGAGAAAGAAGAGGAAGAAAAGCUGACGCUGAAGCCCACAUGACAGUAAAGUUCUGCUGAGAAGCAAACUGCUGCCCCACAUUUCCACCACGCGGGUUUUAUCUAUCCUCCUGACUCUUUCUUCAGGCCAGGUAGCAGCAAAUAUCAAAUGAAAAAGUCAACUAUAAAAGUUAAUAUGCCAUCUAUGCAGAACAAAUAUAAAUAUAUUAAACAAAUAAGUAGAAUGUGAUAAAACUGAGCUGCUAAAAUAAACCUUUUAA